GUGAAGUAACAAUUUUUCCCUUGCACACGAGCGUUAUAGUUCAAAGGGGACGGACGUAUAGUGAUUGUCGUCACCGUGUUCUCUCUAAAUUAAAAUCCGUUAAAAGCGUUAACUAUUAAAGUUAUUUUGUUUGUGUAUUUUUUCUUAUUUAUUGUUGUUUAAAUACGUGAAAAACAUUUGAUAAUGUCAUUUUCGAAAGCUAGAAUCCAAAGAUUUAAUGAAUUUGAAAAUGAUGUACCUCCACCUGGAGCAUAUGAUCCAAAGUUUGAUAGUAAGGUAAAAGGAUCUGUUAUUGAAAAAUCAGAGAGAUUUAAUGAUAAUAAAAGUGUUGGUAGCGCUGAGGGUAAUUUAUCAGUAUGUACUAAACACACAUGCAUUGCAGCAAAUAAUUUUAAAACGCCACAAUUACCACGAAAACAAAAUAGAGAUUAUCAAACGAGAUCAACUUCUAAAAUUAAACGUACGCUUAUUUCUACUAAUGAUCAAAAAUUAAAGUAUCAAUCAGAGAAUCAUCUUGCUGAUCUUCAAGUAGAAUGUUCCAAUAAAGACAAAACAAUACAGGAAUUGGAACAUCAUAUUGAAGAUAUGAAGGAAGAAGUGCAAAAAUUGGAAUUACAACUCGAAGAAUUGCGUAAAAAGCAAACGGAAGUAGAGACACAACAUAGGAAGGACAUAGAAUCAAUGGCUAAAUUACAACAAGAAAUUUUAAAUGGUUACGACGAAAAGCAUCAAACUGAAGUGAAGAAUCUUCGUUCUCAACUGUUGGAAGUUUCGGAAGAAAAAGAACGCGAAAUUGAAACAAGAAAAGCUAUGGAAGGUGAUCUUAGAAAUCGUAUCACAGAUUUCUCAAAAAGAAUAGUCGCUUUAGAAUCUGAAUUUCUUGAUAAAAAAAACACAGAUGUAGAAACAAUCCAAUUUCUUAAAGUACAAAUCGAAGAAUUGACAAUACAAUUAGAAAAAACAACAAUAAAUCAUGUAGAUGAAAUUAACUUAUUGGAACAAGAAAAGUCUCAACUUAAUUCGUGUAUUAAUAAUUUAACAGACGAACGCGAUAAAUUAGAGUUAAAAUUACAAAAACGACAAAACGUAAUUCUUGAACUUCAAGGACAAUUAUCUACUCUGCAAUGUGAAUUAGAUGAAUUGAAGGCUGAAUAUGAAAAGAUUGUUGAAAAUUCUUCAAAAGAAAUAAACGAUCUGAAAUAUAAACACGAAAAAGAAAUUGAUAAAUUGAAAAUUGAGUUUGAAAAAGAAAAAAUAUUUCUUGUAAAUAAAGAGGAAUCUGAAAUCAAAAUAAAAAAUCUUAAUGAAGAAAAUAAUUUUCUCAAAGAAGAAUUGGAAAAUGUACAAAAACUUUAUAAAGAUGUCAAUAAUCGUUUACGCGAAGCGCAUCAAGAAUUAGAAGAUUCGGAUAGAAAACAUAAUCUCAUUUUAAAAAAACACAAGGAAGAUUUAGCUGACAUAAUGAAACUUCAUGAUGAAGAAAAAUUUCAAUUAAAAAAGCAAUUAGAGGAUGCAAGAUUAGAUUAUUUAAAAGAAAUAGAAAAUUUGAUGGUAACAAGAGAUAAAGAAAUAGUAGAUGUAAAAGAAGCAGCUGACAAAAAAAUUGAAGAAGAAACGAAACGAAUCAAACAACAUGCUGACAAAAUGAUAGAAAACGCGGAGGUGGUUACUAGAGAAACAUUAGCAGCUUGUCGUACUGAAUGUGAAGAAAGAGUAAAAAGAGUAAUUGCUGAGAGUGACGCGAAAAUAAAUGCUAUGAUCAGAGAGGCCAAAAUUACUGUAGAAGAGGAAAUGCGACUUACUGCAGAAAGAUAUAAAACAUGUUUAGCGCGAGUAGAAAUGGAACGAGCGGCAUUAGACGAAAAAUUAGCACAGAAAGAUGCAGAAAUUACCAGACUUUCUGUAACUCUUGAAGAAUUAAGAAGUUCUGCAGAAACACAAGAAAGUUUUGGUCAAAGUUUACAAAUGGAAUUAGAUCGAGCAGAAACAGAAUUAGCAGAGAAAAAAGAAGAAUUAAGAGCUUUAAAAGAUCAAAUUCGAAACGAAGCUGCAGAAAUGGUAGCUAGGAAAAAGAGAUUCGAAGUUAUAAUGGCUGAAAAUCAAGCAUCAGUUGCUGCCUUAACUACACGUUUAGCCCAAAGCACUGCUGAAGUGGAAAGACUCCAACAUGAAUUAAAACUUGACAAAGAUUGUAUCAAUGAGCAUCGUGAUUUAUUGAGUAUCAUGCGUAAUAAUUCUCAAAUGGUACAUGAACAAGUACAUGUAUUAAUGGAACAAUUAGAUGCUAAAAAAGGAUUAGUUGAUCAACUUGAAGCUGAAAGUUUAAGUGAAGUAGAAUCAUUAAGAUCUAUACUUGAAGCUAAAAUUGAUGAUCUAAGGAAAAUAGCAACUAGAGAAGUAGCAGCAUUACAAGCAGAAAAUAAUGAAAUAACUGCUCAAAAUGUUGAGAUGAAAAAACAACUUCAUGAAAUGUCUAAUUAUCUAACCGAAGCACAAGAUAUGCUGCUUAAAUUGGAAGAAAGAAAUGAUGCACAAGAACUUGAAACUUCUCAAACACAAAUGCUUAACAAUAAACUUAAUGAACAAUUGAAAGAACGUGAAACAGUAAUAGAAGAUAUGAACAAAUUGUUAGAAGAACAAUCAAAGAAACAUGAAAUUACUUUAAAUGAAGCAAAUUCUAAAAUGCAAGAACUUUCUGAUAAAAUUAAAUGUCUUGAAGAAAACAAUACUUAUACACGGGAAAAUGUUGAAUUACUUGAAGAGGAACGAAAUAAAUGGAAAAAUUUUGAGAAAGUACUUUUAGAACAACUUGAAGAAGAAAAAGUCUAUCGGGAAACAGUUGAAGAGGAAGUGAAGAAACUUUCUAAAUAUAAUGAACAACUUUUAAAAGAUUAUAAAGAAAUUCAUGAAAAAUAUGCUGAAAUUGUUGGUCAUCAGAAUCAUAAGCAAAGAAUUAAACAUGUGUCUCAGUUGAAAGAUAAAAUCAAUCAACUCGAACAGGAUUUAUACGCGAAGAUGAGGACGAUAAAACAACAACAAAAAACAAUAGAAAAAUUACAAGCAGAAGAAAAACGUGCUUAUAGUAAGGGAAAAGAGAAUAUGUUAGGACUUUCACAGAGUACUUAUAUAACCCCUCUUUCUUCUCCACAUAAACCAAUAACACCACUUAGGAAUCGAAAUGAUUAAUCUUUUUUAGUAUAGGCAUAUUAUUUGUUUAUGAUUAUUAUAAAUAUGAGUUGAUAUAAUUAUUGUAUGCAUUAA